AUGUUGGAGUGUAGGCCUGCAGACACCCCCAUGGUUCAGAAUCACAAGCUUGGAGAAUACCCAGACCAAGUACCAACAGAUAAGGGAAGAUACCAAUGGUUAGUUGGUAAACUCAUUUAUCUCUCCCAUACUCGCCCAGAUAUUGCCUAUGUUGUAAGUGUCAUAAGUCAACUCAUGCAUAAUCCAAGUAAGAGUCAUAUGGAAGCAGUGAUUCAAAUACUUCGAUACUUGAAGUCAUCCCCGGGCAAGGGACUUAUGUUUUCAAAACAUAAUAGUCAGCCGAUGGUUUAUAGGUAUACGGAUGCGGAUUGGGCAGGUAAUAUCAUUGACAGAAAGUCCACAUCAGGAUAUUUUACAUUUGUUGGAGGAAAUAUUGUAACCUGGAGAAGCAAGAAACAAAAAGUGGUAGCCUUGUCAAGUGCUGAAGCUGAGUUUAGGGGAAUGGCUAAAGGUCUUUGUGAACUCCUUUAG